UAUCAAGUUUUUAAUGGGAGAAAUGUAUCUUUCAAAAAGUACUAAUUGUCACAAUGCUAUAUUUUUCCAUAAUUAAUAUGAAGGGGUAAGGGAUUAAGUGGUUUAAUAUCCAAACUAUAGGAGACCUAUUUAAAAUGAGCAGCUCCAUAAAGAUAUCAAUGAGAACUUGAAGAAAAUGACAAGCGAGAGCAAAAUUGAAAGAAAACCCACAAUUUUGUGCCUCCAUGGCUUCCGAACUAGUGGAGCAAUCUUGAGAAAGCAGAUCCAAAAAUGGCCAACUUCUGUUCUUCAUCAAUUCCAUUUCCAUUUUAUCGACGGCCCAUUACCUUCCCAAGGAAAAUCCGACGUCGAAGGAAUUUACGAUCCUCCCUAUUUCGAGUGGUUUGGAACCAGCAAGGACCCAACCAGUUGUGAAAAUUUGGAAUCGUGCCUUGAAUUCAUCGAGAAUUACAUGGUUAAGCACGGACCAUUCGACGGACUUCUCGGUUUUUCACAGGGGGCGGUGUUAUCGGCAGCACUGGCGGGACUUCAAGCGAGGGGAGUUGCGCUGACGAAGGUCCCGAAGAUCAAGUUCGUAAUAAUAAUUAGCGGUUCGAAACUCCAAUCAUCAUCCUUGGCCGCCGGAAUAGCUUAUUCUCCAUCUAUUGCAUGCCCAUCCCUCCAUUUUCUAAGUGAGAAAGACUUCUUGAUGCCUAGUGGAAUGGAGCUUCUACGAUCAUUUGUUGAACCAUUAGUAAUUAAUCACUCCAAAGGCCACACAGUACCUAGACUCGAUGACAAAAGUUUGAAGAUUGUGGGCAGAUUUAUCCAAAACAUUUCAAAGCUAUGACCACCCCCAAACUAAACAACACACCUAUAUAUAGGUUUAAAUAAUCCAAUUUAAUUAUCUUCUUAAAUAACCUCCCAUUUAUCAAUAAUACAUAUCUUGAUUGAGUAUAUGGGAGAUGUGAAUUAUAGAAUCCUAAUUUUAUUGGAUUUUUUUUAUUUUAUUAUUUUCGUGUUAUCCUUUUCGUUAUUAUAUCUACCCAAUCUAAAUUUAAAAAGUCAAAGCCUAA